UUUAUUACAGUCAUAUUAUAAAAUAAAAAUAGAAAAUGAAUUUUACAUUAUUUUGUGAAAUUGUUUAUAAAAUAUUAUUCUUAUCAUUCAUUCCAUGGCUUCUUUGUUACAGAUCAGUGAAGAGUAUAAAUUAUUAUUUGAUAAUGAUGAAGACAAAAACUUUUUUGGUCGUUUUCCGACCUUUUACGCACCUCGGAUAUUAAAAUAUUGCGAAAUUUAAAUAAAUGAUCUUUAUAAACAAGCUGGUAUCAUCAAGGAUGAUACUUUGAAAGUUUUAUUAAUUCUCCCUGAAUUAUUACCGGUAACAAAUUAUACUCAACGAAAGCGAAAAAAUGAUGGAACAGUGAAAGGUAAAAAAAGUCAAGCCAAAAAAAGCAAAUCUUCAAAUGGAUCAACGAGCGAAAACGCCAAGAAUGAAUUCACAAAAUUUCCGAAUCCAGAUUUGCUUGUAAUAAUGCCGGAAGGAUUUUAUCUGCCAGGGUCUGUAACCCAAAAGCGCCUGAAUAGUCAAAAACCUGUGCAGCCAUACAUGAUUCUAGUAAAAGGACAAUGUAAGGAUAGAUUCUUCUUACAAAAAGAUGGCUGGUAUAUAGAAAUGAACGCAAAAGUUGGUCCCUUAGUGGUAUUGGAUCUCUUAUUCAAACUUCAUUACGCCUUUAAUGUUUGUUAUGCCGAUUCCUUACUUCUUUUCUAUAAUUUUAUGAAUGUUUUUUUAUAUAAGACAUCAACUGCUGCUCGAAACUCUGUUUCAUCUUUGAACAUUUCUUUAAAGAGUUUAAAUUUGGAUAGCAGCACAGAUGAUGAAGACGAAUUCAUGGACUAAACUUCAGAUAAUUUAAGGAAAAAUUCUAUAUAAAAAAAUAAUUUUUUUGUUUGUAUAAUGUAUUUUCAUUGCGUAUUCAUAUGACGUAUCAUAUUUUAUUUUUGUGAAGACAGGUUUAAC